GGUCUUCGUUUGUAGACGGGUAGUUUAAAAAAAAGUCGUUUAAGUAAGAGUUUCGCAUAUUACAUAAUCUGAAGCUAGUCAGCUUCAUUGAACUAUAAAUAGCAGCGGCCUUGAUCUUCCGUCCCUCACCUACGAUCGAUAUCGUCUAACCUUCACUUUGGUCUUGCUCUGUCUAUACGAAAUAGCAGGCCGUUCGGACACUUAAUACUCGUGCUAUUAAAACUGUUUUACACAAUGGUUUAACGCGUUAAAUGUGUUAUCGAAUGUACGUUUAUUGUAAAGGAAAUUGAUUUACGCAACCGGAUUAAGACAAAACUCAAAAUGGCAUGUUAACUUAAAUUUACGGUUUAUAGUAAACAAACACAUGUGCGGCAGAUUUUUUGGGAAUAUUUCACACGUGUUGAUGUGACAGUACCUUUUGUUUUUGUGUGUUUGUGUGUUUUAAAGAUUUAUUUAUUCGUUUGCCAUUCCAAAACGGAUACAGAAUGUCGGACACGACACCAUUAAAGGAGAAGUCGCCGGCUAACGGAAUGAACGAGGUGCCGGAGGCGAAGGUUGAAUCGCCGAAAACAGCUGCCCGCAUCGCCGCCCGCCGGGCCGCCCAGAUGAGGCGGCAGCAGAGCACGGAGGGCCAGACGCGGACCUUAAGCGGUGAUGGCAGUCUCAACCGGCAGUUCUCAUUCAAUCGGUCGAACUCGCUCGGGCGGCGGCCGAGUCUGAGUUUCAGCCACGCGGACUCGAUCCCGUUCGGACUCGACAAACCGACAGCGGAGGAAAUGAAUGUCGAUGAAGUUCCGUGGUGGACCUCCCGUCGUUUGCUGCUAUCGUUCAUCUGCUUCAUCGGCUUCUUCUUCCUCUACUCGAUGCGCGUAAACCUGAGCACGGCGAUCGUCUGCAUGAACAAGGAUACCGAGGCGCAUCACGGCACCGGAAACGUCACCGGCAACAGCAGCGUCAACUAUAGUACCGGCUUGGAAAACGUGACCGUUCUCGUAUCGACGACGACGGCGGUCGACCCAAAUAACGAAUGCGUUUUAGCGAAGUCUACAGGCAACUUGGUCGCCGAGUUUUCGUGGGAUAAGCAGCAAAAGGGUCUGAUCCUAGGAGCGUUCUUUUGGGGCUACACCGUCAUGCAGAUUCCUUCCGGUUACCUCAGUGACAGGUUCGGGCCCCGAAUGAUGAUAUCUCUGGGCAUGUUCCCGUGCGCCAUUUUGACAAUCAUCUGCCCCUUCUUGGCGCGUGGCAGCCCAUAUCUUUUGUUGGUUGGGCGAAUUCUGAUCGGAAUGGGAGAGGCAAUGAUGUACCCGGGAAUGCAGUCGCUAUGGGCAAGAUGGUCGCCACCACACGAGCGUAGCCGAUUGGUCGGUUUUGCCUUCGGAGGUUCCCAGCUCGGCAAUGCGCUCACGUUCCCGCUGGCGGGUCUCCUGUGUGCGUACGGCUUUGACGGUGGCUGGCCGUCCGUGUUUUAUAUCACAGGACUGGCAAGCCUCCUCUGGUGCUGCGUGUACGCCUUUUAUGCACGGGACAGCCCCGGCGCCAUGCCCUCCAUUAAGCCUAUUGAGCGCCAGUACAUCGAGACCUCGCUCGGGGUGUACGGCCAGUCGGUGGAAGAGCAGCUGGAACAGCGGAAACAAGAAAAGCCCUGGAAGGCUAUUUUCACGUCGGGUCCGGUGUGGGGUAUCUUGCUGGCGAACGCCUGCGGAAACUACGGAUCCUACAUGCUUCUCACUCAGAUGCCGUCCUACAUGAAAGAAGUGCUCAAGUUCGACAUUACAUCGAAUGGAGCCUAUUCGAUGAUUCCUUACCUCGUGUUCUGGAUUUUCAUCCUCAUCGGAGGCCAGAUCGCAGACGUUUUGAUCACUAAGAACAUUCUCAGCAUCGAGUGGACAAGAAAAUUAUGCUGCGCUCUAGGAAUGGUUAUCCCUGGCAUUUUCCUCGUGCUCACCGGAUACAUGGACUGUCACCGCAAAGUGGAGGCCGUGAUACUUCUGUCUCUGUCAAUGGGUUUUUGCGGAUUCCAGUUCAGCUCGUUCUUUAUCAAUCAUGGCGAUAUAGCGCCCCGCUACGCCGGUACGAUUUUCGGGUUCACGAAUACCGGCGCGAGCAUUCCCGGCAUCCUCGCGCCUUACAUCGUCGGUGCAAUCACGAAAAAUAAAACUCGAGAAGAAUGGCUCCUUGCGUUCUACAUAGCGGCAGGUGUCCAAGUACUUGGAGCUAUCAUAUACGCUAUCCUGGCUAAAGGCGAGGUUCAACCAUGGGCGAUGGAAGAAAUGGAGGAGAUGCCGCCAGAGGGCGUGCCGCUACAAGAGAUUCCGGAGCAUGAAGACGAAGAGGAGGAGACAAACGGGAAGUGAUUUUCUCCCUUUGUAUUCGAUUAUUGCCCUUAGUAUCCGAAGCAGAGCGAAACAUCAGCCUUUUCUUCAAAUAUACUUCAUGCAUUUGGGAAGAUGUUUUGAUCGUUAAUAAGUGUGGCCAUUUUUUUGUGCGAACAAGUCUGGGGAAGCAGUUGAACGGAAAAUACUAUGGACUACUUUUUGCGUAUAAAUAAAUCAUGUGGUACGUUUUAUUGCAAAAUAGUGCUGACUUUUUUGUAUAUUCAAAUACAACCGCGCUUGUUGAGUUUAAUAAAUAUGGACUAGUAAGAAUAACAGUGUAUAUUGUGAAUGUUGAUUAUAAAAACAUAGCCAUAAUAAAAACAUAGCCAUAUUAUAUACAUAAAAUGUGUGAGAUUGUGUAAUUUUAACAUCUGAAGCAAACAUUAUAACAUACUGAUGGCGAUCAUCGGCUGUCAUUGACGUCAUCAAUGCGUAUGAUAUUUAUGUUCUCAAUGCUUGCCUUGAAAGUCGUGAAUGCCCAUAGUUAUUGUUAAAAACCCAUAGUGGAUUUCCAUUGUAAGUACCCCUGUGUCAAUUUCUAUUAUAUAUUUUUAAUUUAAAGUGGUCGUAUAAUAUUGUAUAAUUUAAACUAUAUUUUGCUAAGUGUGGGGAUGAUUACUGUAUAUUGCAUUCGUAUAAUGCUAUACUACACUUUAUUUUAAUGGCUGAUUUACAGCUGAAGUUUCCCUUUGUUUUAAUAAAAAAGGAAUUUCUUACGAUUAUGAUACACAUUGAGUAUUUUGUAUUGAUCUGUGAAAAGUAUGUCCAUGUUUCUUUUAAACAAAACGAACUUAGAGUUUGCUGAUAUCAAGCGUAACGCGCUAGUAACAGUAAGGGGAUGUAAUUACUGACAAUAGUUUGAUAUUGCAUGAUCUAUUUAUGCCUCAAAUUUUAAAUACCUGUGCUGCGCAAAAGUACCACGUGACUAUGACGUGCCAUAGUACACUAUUUCAAUUAGAAUACAUGUACUCCGCCGUGAAACUUUUAAAUAAUAAAUUGUUUAAUGACUGUUUUGCAUUUUAUGAUUCGCUCAAAAUUAUUUCAUUGAGCACAUUAUUAACAUAGUAUGUCAAUUUGCAAAUGAAUGUAGUUGAAAAAAUGAAAUCUCCGACGUAAAUUAUUCAACAGCACUUCUGUGCGAUUAGUGAUUUCUUGUUACAGCCAAAUGUUCUGGUAACUAUACUUAUUCGCACUUGAAAAACUAUUAAUGACUAUUAUAGUAAAAAUACAUGAAGUUCAUUAAAUGGCCAUGUUGUUUCCAUUAUUGUAUAAUUUUAUUUCUUUUUUUAUUUCUCGAACUAUUGUUUUUUGCUGGUGCAUUUUUUGUUUGCUUUUAAGUUAGAUUAGAAGCAACACGUUUUAUCGAUCUUGUAGUUUAUUUUUAUGUAGACUAAAGAAAUGUUGCGCUCUUUUUUAUUUGUUUCAAGAACAAAGUUCUAAUCGUUUCAUUUUGUAAUUGCUGUUUCCUAUAUACAUUUUAUGCUUUUUAAUGUUAGAUUAGAAUCAAUACGUCUUAUCGAUCUUGUAGUUUAUUUGUAUGUUGACUAAAGAAAUGUUGCGCUCGUUUUAAUUUGUGUCAAGAACAAAGUUCUUAUCGUUUCCUUUGUAAUCGUUGUUUCCUAUAUACAUAUAAUGCUUUGUAUGCUCCCGGUGGUAUAUUGUUUUGGCCUGUCUGUCUGUCACUGUGUCAGUCAGUCAGUCAGUCAUUCAUUGUGUGUGUCCCAAAACUUUAAACUUGGUCACUCAUAACUUUUGCAAUAUUGAUGAUAGCAACUUUAUAUUUGGCAUGCAUUAGUAUCUCAUGGAGCUGCACAUUUUGAGUGGUUAAAGGUCAAGGUCAUCCUUCAAGGUAAAAGGUUUUAAAAAAAUCAAAGCGGCGCAUUAGGGGGCAUUGUGUUUCUGACAAACACAUCUCUUGUUCAUUUUUAUUAGCUCGGCUGUUUUCGGAGAAAACCCGAGGUAUUGCCAUAGCCAGCUCGUCGUGUCGUGUCCGCCGUCCGCGUCGUGCUAAAACCUUAACAUGUUGUCAAGGUUUUGAACAUUCGCUCUAAAAUCAAAGUGCUUCAACCUACAACUUUGAAAUUUCAUAUGUAGCUGCACCUUGAUGAGUUCUACAUGCCACACCCAUUUUUGGAUCACUAGGUCAAAGGUCAAGGUCACUGUGACCUCUAAAAAAAUAAUUCUGACACGCUUUCAUCUUUUCAAAACUGCACCCACAGCCGAGCGUGGCACCCGCUAUGCGGUGCUCUUGUAUUUUAUAUUGUGUUGCUGAGUCGGAAAGUGUGAAAAUACCUUAACCCUUUGCAUGCUGGGAAAUUUGUCGUCUGCUAAAAUGUCUUCUGCUAAAUUUCUAAAAUUAGCAUUUUCUUCGACUUUUUUCAAAGAAUAUUAUCAGAAUAGCAAACAGUUUGGAUCCUGAUGAGACGCCACGUUUUGCGGCGUCUCAUCUGGAUCCAAACUGUUUGCAAAGGACUUUUAAAUUCGGUUCCAGCACUCAAAGGGUUAAACAUAACCAUAUGUGCAUAAAAACACAAUAAGUUUUAUGGAGAGAAAAAAACGAAAUAGUAUGUCUAAAGUCAUUGUAUUUUCAUUGCCCAUCAUGCUAUAAGGAAUGAAAGUUUAGCAAUACAUGCUGUACAUCUAUGCUAUUUAAAGUGGAAUGUUAAAUGCUCUGCCAUUGUUACGUUUUUUGUUAUUGUUUUUUAACACCAUUUCUUCCUUAUUUUCAAUAUCAGCCCUGUUAAUUGUUUUUGAUGUUGUUGUUUUCAUAUGAUGAGUCUAAGUUAUUAAUUAUCAAUAUUGUAUUGAUCAUGCAUUUUUUACUCGUAUACCCGAUACGAAAUGUUUCCUUGCCAUUUAGCAUAUCUUUUUUAAGACGAAUAUGUUUAUUUUGCAAAUAUUCUCUUUCUGUCGAGUAUAUUUCUCUCUCAUUUAAUAAAACAAUCUACCCGUCCAUUUUUUUUAAGUAGUCUAUUGUUUUAUUUAAUUGUUGAUAAUUAUAUGUUAAAUCGCAUUUUUACUAGAAAGUCAGUAAACGCUGUAAUGACCGAUCUAUGAUUGCAUACGAUAAAUAUUUAUGUUCAUGUAUGUCGACAGUGAGAUUUAUGGUUUACAUUCAUUUUGUGGAAAAAUGUGACGUCAACAGAUGGCGUCAUUUAAGUGCGUGUGUGUUUGCUUUAUACCACAGACAGUGUUCAAAGAAUUCUAGAUUUUUCCAAAGGGUA